AUGCGGGAGUCCAUAAACUUUUCUGACCUUCAUCUCUUCUGUAAGCUCUUCUGUAGAGAUGAGGUAAACACGGACUGCGGUGGAACCAUCGAUGCUUAUCAACAGAGGACCGGCUCGAUUCGGUACUCAACCAAGAUAAACUCGUUAUUCAAACGAUAUCCAGCGGUUUGUACUUGGAUUAUCGAUGCUCGGGUGAAUCAGACUGUUUGGAUCGAAGUCCUUGACCUGGACAAUGACGCGCAGGUCCGGAUCCAGUUCGAGAACAACUCGGUUAUCUUGAAGGACCACGACGAACAGGACGAGCACGUGUCAUUCUCAAGCACUGGAAAGACGACGGUGGAAUGGAGUUGGGAGGAUGAUGUCGAGCUUCCACGGGAGUUACACCUGAGAUUUAACACGUCAGAAGGGGGUCCCGAUUCGCCCCACGUUCCAUACACCCACUCCGACAGCGACCCCGUUUCUCCCUCUCUGGACGGUGCCGUCGGCGUAACCCGCGUCCCAGACGUCUCUGGGUUCAGGAGUGCACCCCUGAGCGCAGGCGUUCGGCAGGGCGGAGGGGAGGCUGGAUCGGACGAUAAGUACGGAUCCCUGUUUCCACAGGAAGCCGCACACAAUGGGCAGGAAAAGCCUGGAGAGGCGAUCCCUGACCUCGUGUACGCCGUCGGCCGCUCUCAUCGUCAUACACACACGGUUUCUAGCUCUGAAAAAAAACCACGGGCAGAACUUUCCGGGCGUACAAUGGGCGCAUAUCUGAGCGAGGACGUACGCGCCGAGUUCGUCACACAAGAAUCUCAACCGGCUACUAAACAGAUAGAUUCUCAGGAGCAUAACGGCAUCAGGAGGCUUGUAGGCUCUGCGCCCGUGGUCAACGAUACGCCAACAGACGCCACCGUUAGUGCCGGCUCUCGCAAAUCCAGUCACGAGGCUUUCAAAACCGUCGCGGUCACUUACAGAGGUGGCGUCCCUGUGAUGUCACAAGCUUCCAUGACCAAUGGUGGAAGGAAUCGGCCUGAUCCUGGCACUCUUGGUACCACCUCAGAAGACAAAAGUUUUGAGAUAGAGAGGAGACCUGGAGCGACACACGCUGACCAAAACGUUUCUCCUCAGACACACUCGCCAGUUUAUCGAGGUGGCACCACAACGAUGCCAUCCACACAUACAGCCAGUGGUGGGAGGAAUCAGCUUCAUCUAAAAACUCUUGGUACAACACAUGAGACAUCUAGACCCGUGCCAGUUUUUAGGAAUGACGGCACGGCGAUGUCGGCUGCAUCCGCUCCUGGCACCGCGCAGACGGCAACAGACGCCACCGUUAGUGCCAGCUCUCGCAAAUCCAGUCACGAGGCUUUAAAAACCAUCGCGGUCACUUACAGAGGUGGCGUCCCUGUGAUGUCACCAGCGUCCACGCCCAAUGGCGGUAGAAUCUGGCCCGGUUUAAAUACUCUUGCUAAUACACGUUCUGAAACGGAUGCCGGUAGAGCCAAUCGUUCGCCCCGAUCGACCCAGAUGAACCAGGGCGUGUCCUUCAAACCCAAUCAGACGGACUUGCCAAUAUUCAAUCUGUCGGACGUUUCUAAUCAGACACGUUCUGCAUUUUACGAUGAUUCGGACGCCUCUAACAGCACAGAUGGCUCACCUUUAUCAACUGUUAUCCAAGAUGUUUCUAAUCAAACGCAUGUAUCCGUUUUGGAGGAAUCAGAUCCCGUUAGCAGCUCCCCUCCUGCUGCAUCACAUGAUCAGACCAAUACGUCCAGACCAGUAUUAUCUGAUCACGACACCGCUCGUUCCUUGGAGGAUUUUGAUCAUUCUACUGCUACGAGUACGAAGGAGACGGAUUCUCCUGAAUUGUAUAGGUCUACGUCUUUGCCCAGCACUACCAAUCAACCGAGUUUUACCAAGACGUUUGACCCUACCACAGCUCACGUUAGCCCCACUAGCGCCUCCACGCUUCCUACAGAGUCGUACUUGGCAACUCUAUCCUCACGCUCGCCAAACACAGAUGACGCCAGUGCUACCACCCUUCAAUCCAGCUCUACAUAUCCAAUCAUCGCCACCACCACUAUAUCCACUGUGACCUCUGGCUUUUCUCCCAGGGUUCCGAUCACAACCGAGGCUCUGUAUGAUGACCACAGCACUACUGUACUGCGUGCAGAUUACCCUCUUACCACGUCUGUUCCUCCAGGAACGGCAUCAACCGAAGCCGUGGAUAUCGUCCCUGACCACCGUUCGUGGACUUUCGGGACCGACCUUUUGACUCCAAGUCCUCCUGAUACUCAUUCCUCUUCACCCACUCUCGAAUCAACACGCUCGAUUAGCACAGCUCAAGACGAUUCUAGCACCACCAAGCUGUCACACUCUACAGGUCAGCCUACCACGACUACCACGUGGUCUGGAAGCACAGAAACAGCCAAUCAAAACACACACCGCCUGACCACAAGUGUCCAAACUCACAUUUUGUCAGAACCGCCCACUAGAACCACCCAGCCGAUGCAGACCAGCGAAGGUUCCUCCAGCUCCAAACCUGGAACACAAACCUCAUUGAUGUCGGUCAGUAAGAGACCUUUGAUCCACCCAGGAACAGCCCGAAAUGACAAAGACUGGGCACACAACGUCAGGGUGUUUGUCCUAGAAGACCAGCCAGCGAUCGCUAACGUGGAAACCUUCCAAGUGCUGCUGCAGGUGAUACUGGAAGAUAACUCACCCUCAUAUGAAGGACUCGUGGAGAUCGAGCCAUUUCUACAGAGAAUAGAGGGAUACCAGAGCCAGCACGUGACCUGGCACAGUGGACCAGCGUUCCAGUCGGUGGUCACGUUCGGGACCGCAGAGGCCGUCUCCUGGCUCGGAAGGGCGGAGUCUCUUUUGCAGAAGGCGGGGCUGAGACCACUUCCUGCAGAAGGGAUAUUUGUCGGUGGCGUCCGAGUGAAAAACGUCACCGUAGGUGGCCUGCACGGCGACGUGUGCGCCUGGUUGUUUUCCUGCCCGUUCGGGUUCCAGUGUGUCUCUUCGGAGGGCAAUGCCAGCUGCAGAUCUGUGUGCCACUCCGGGUACUGUAAGCACCAGGGCAUCUGUGUUCACAGAGCUGGGCAGCCUCCAGUCUGCCAGUGUCCUGUUGGUGAAGACUUCUGGUUCAUGGGUCAGCGCUGUGACCUCCGUAUGACCCGACAGCGACUGGCCGGCGUGUGUUUUGGAGUCCUGGCUGCCGUUGCAGUGCUCAUGGCGGUCCUUGCUUACCUGGCCGUGCGCCGCUUUAAGACCAUGCUGGCACAGGCCAAAGCAGACCAGACGCAAAGCAGUUACCGCAGGUUUAACCACUUUGAUGAGCUGUCGGCUCGUUUCUGGCAAAGGUCCUGGCCCGGAUCGGACGACUCGCUCGACAACGUGGCGUUCAGUCGCUCGGACGAGUUGCUGCACAUGAGGGCGCUGGACCGCCCCUGCUGUUACCAUGACGACACGCUCUCCAUCGCCUCGACGUACCCGGGCAGCGCUUCGCACGUCAAAACUGUUUAUCCACACAGUUCACAGUAUCAGUGGGAUAUGAGCACAUGCAGCCUCGCCGACUGUGUGAUCGACUCAGGAAAGGCGAGCGAUCUGUCCGUGUGCAGCUGGCCCAUCGAACCCAUUCAGUGGACGCCGUUCCCUUUGCUACAGCAGCUCAACCAAAAUACAACCACGACAAAAUCCUCUCGCUCUCGCUCCUACUGCGAGGGAAUGGAACUGGUGGACAUGGAGAAGAGCCGGACUGCAUAACGAGGACUGAUGUCUGUUUGUUUAUUAGGAUUUUAACGUCAUGUUUUACACUUUGGUUACAUCCAUGACAGGAACGGUAGUUACUCAUUACACAAGAUUCAUCAGUUCACAAGGUUAUAUCAAACACAGUCCUGGACAAUUUAGUGUCUCCAAUUCGCCUCACUUGUACGUCUUUUGACUGUGGGAGGAAACCGGAGCACCCGGAGUAAACCCACGCGGACACGGGGAGAACAUGCAAACUCCACACAGAAAGGACCCUGGCCGCUCCAACUGGGGAUCGAACCCAGGACCUUCUUGCUGUGAGCCACCGUGCCGCCCCACGAGGACUGAUGAACUUGGCUGACUGAAGCCUGACCUAAGCAGAAAUAACUGAAAUGGUGCUAAUGAGCUGUUUUCUUGAUAUACGUUGAUAGUCUCACCAUUUUUUCUGGGAUUAUUUCUAUUAAAUAUCAGUUUUGACAGAUCAGUGAGUGACCACUGUUCGGUUUUUGGUGUAGCACAGUACAUAAUCGUCCCAUUUCCCUUUUUUUAGUUAAUCUUUGCAUCUAAGCUGAUGCAUAAAAACGGUUGCAGGAUGCAAUUAUGGCUGCAGUUGCAGACACACUGAUAAAUAACAUUUUUGGGAGUAUAUUUCACCACACUAAAACGUUUAGUAGCAAUGAGAACGUGUUGUGUUAUCUGCUGCUCUCAUGUGUCCAUUAUUGUGCAAUGCACCAUUAACAAAAUGCUUAUGGUACUACAGCGGGGACUUUUGGCCAGUAACGCCGAUUAAGGAGCUCAUAAUGUUUGCAACCCAACCACGACCCAACACAUUACUGUACAGAGUGGUGUUUCCCAUGGUGUGUAAGCUAAUUAAUGUAAUAAUUAAAUAUUCAAAGAUUAAAACUGAUCACAUUAAAUGAAUUUUACUAUUCACACA